AAUUGCUUGAAAUCAGCGAAGGAUAUCCAGCGGCUUCUGACAGUAGACGGAGUCGGAGCAUAUUUGAAGAUUCCAAGGACAAAAUAGUGAAUCGCACCAGGGCGUAAAUUCCAUAGCCAAAUUCCAUAGUUUCAGUAAUAUUGCUCAAGUGUACUCCUUGAAAUAAUUGUGCCAAACUGUUUAAAACAACAACUUCACUUUCUUCCCCAUCAAUAACAGUUGACUAGUUUUUCGUUGAUAUCAAAAUCCAGUUAGAAGGGGCCUGAGAAUUUCAUUUGUACAUUUCCACAGCCUGUUAACUACAACGUUACCAACCUAGCGAUUCAAGCUAGCACAACACACGAGCUUUUUUCCUACAGAGUCCAGCACCUGUGCCCUUGAUAUUGGUAUUCUUUUUCCUCGUCACGUUUGACUUUAGAGGUCCAGUUCAUUGCAUAUCCUUUUUCUCGUAGCCUCAACAUAUCCCAACGUUACCGAAAAGGUUGCUCAAGUUUUUCGAGGUUUACGUACGUCUGUAAAGCAGAGCUAUUGAUCCAGAAUACUUGUGAGUUCUCCUGAACCAUACAAGCUUUCACCAGCAUCAGAUUUCAAGAUCAUUUCCAAUUAUUUGUAUUUCAGCUGUAACGUUCCUUAACACCAAGAGUAACCAUUUAUCCCCCAUUUAGUUCUAGUACUUGUUUCCCCACCUGUAUUACUUUCGUUUUGUAUUAUUUCUACCAAAUCAUCUGUAUUAGUAUCCAUCACAAUGUCCUCCGAACAAAAUAAUAUUGGAAUGCCUAAAGCCCUUUCCGCUCAGUUAGAGGAUGGCACGGCCAAGUCUUUGCUAGACGGACAAGCAGCACAAAAGUUAAAGGAUGAUGUGACUGACCCGGUGUUGGUUGCCGAUGAGGGCCUUGACGCCGACGGUUCUCCCAAGAAUUACAAGAAUUUGUCGAUAAACCUGAUACUAAACAUCCAUGGAAAGGUCCAGGUUCAAAACCCCAAUCAAGCCUAUGGUACCAACCCCAAGUUGCCUUCCAUCGGUUCCGUUCCCGGAGUACCGAAAGAUAUGUCAACAAGUCAACAGCAACAGCAACAGCAACAAGAUCUUUCGCCCAAAUACCUUCCUUACCAACGUAAUCAAUAUUUCAAUCACCACCUGAGGUCUGUUUCAUCUAUCGACAACAAGUUGGCUGCGACUUCUUUCACAGACUCGCCUCAACAAACACAACAGAGAACGCUGGUCGGACCUUAUGGUGAUAAUAUAGCGUACCAGCAGCCUCCGGGAGUAGCUGAAGCUGCCCAUUUGGUCAACCUUCAGCAGACGACAGGCUCCAACGCUUCCCUGGUCCAGAGUCAGUAUGGCCAAAAUGUAGCAUUAGGCUAUGGCCACUUGGUUCAGCCAGGUAACCAGCCGAUGUAUCCGUCACAUGCUGCAACUAAUCUGGUUCCUCAGCAGAUGAUUAGUGGAGGAAACCAAAUGCAUCAAUUGCUGUACAAUCCUCUUCAUCACCAAUCGCACCUGGCUCUGGACCUCGAUCCGUUGCACGAGAGCAAGAGAGGAAGGCGUUUCAGAAGGAGAUACAACCAGAUUGUCCGCAAGUACAACUGUUCGUAUCCUGGAUGCGUCAAAAGUUAUGGGUCGCUCAACCAUUUGAACACCCAUAUCGUGACCAAAAAGCACGGUCAUAGAAAGUCUAAGGCGGAUUUUCAACACAACCAAUUGUCGGAAGAUGGAACCAGCAACAAUACCCAACAGGGGCCCUACGACGCAAGUAACUAUCCGUCACACCUUCAGCAACACUCUCCGUCAGAUUACACACAGGGUAACUACUGGUACGGCUACAAUCCUCAGGUUAGAAGCAACCAGCAAGUAGCAGCUCCACAGCAACAAAUGGAGGUACAUGCCAAUACCGUAGCACCGCCAGGAUCGAUACCAGCACCUACGUAUAUGUACUACCAGCAGGGCUAUCCGCAACAUAUUCCUCCUCCAAUUUCACAGCAGCGACCGCCAAUGGGCUGGCCGCAACAAACAUCGUAUCCAUACACACAAAUGCAAGGCCUGACUCUGCAACAGUCAUAUCAACAGACAGCACAAUCUACGCAAACCUCCAGCAUCCUCCAGCAACACCAAGUUCAGCAUGACCCCGGCCAGCAUUCUGACCCUCAAAUGAAGUCUGCACUGGAAUCUUCCACUGGCACAAGCCCACCGUUGAAGAGAUGAACAGCGGCUGCGAUUGCUUGUUCUAGGUGUACAUUGUAAGGCUGGAAAAAGGAUUGACCAUGAUCCUAUCCUUACUUAUUUAUUUGACUUUUAUGAUAGAUACGAAUAGAUACAUUCUUUAUCAAAAUUUUGCCCGUCGUGCUACCGCAACUCUCGCAGUGUUUGCUCCUUACAUGGACCUUCUGCUGACGAGCAACAUUCUUUCGCUUUUAAGGCAUUUUUUGACGUUUCUUGAUAAAACCAAAAGUUCUGAUCUUUUAAUGCACGUCAUCCCCCAC